GCUGGCCACCGGGGAGCGGGGGCAGCAAACUAGGAUGAGCACUACUUAAGGUCUAGCUGCGUGAGCCAUUGACGUGUUUGGAGCUGGAGACGGCCCGAGCGCUGGUGAAGCGGUAACCCGAGGUGAGUGGUCCCGCGCCCCUCCCUCCGCGGUGGCUGCAGUGAAGGGGAAAGAGAAGGCCGCACCUAGGUCGCAUCGGGGCCGAAUCCACUUCCGCGCGAAGCCGCUUCUACCAGGGUUCGCCGCAUCGCGGGUCCCUUUCCGUCGCUUUCCCUCUCGGCGAUACAGUUUCCUUCGUUUUCCUCGCUCCCAGCCCCACUUGGCACUGUCUGAGGUCGAAGCAAGGUGUGUUCACCUGUGCCCGCUAUCCACUAUUGGACAGACAGGAAGCAUCGCGGAAGUGAGCGAGGCCUCGGGCUUGUAUCUCUCCGAUUUCUUCAGUCGAUUUCCUUGCCUCCCUCCGGUUGGUCUCUUUUAGCCUGGACAACCUGAUGUUUACCACAACAAAAGAAACUGAACUACCUGACUCUUGACUGAGAAUACCUCCACUUUUCAGGAGCUUGUAAGUUAGAAGACUGAUAAGAUGCCCCUGGUAGCACGGAGGCUGAGAGAUCCUGACAUAAAUCCUUGCUUGUCGAACCUAUUCCACCUCUCAAAUGAUGCCUAUCUUACAUGUUUAAGGAAUCUGAUGCUUCUACGAGAUGUAUGGAUGAAAAUAACUAUGAUAGGGAAAGGUGUUCCACUUACUUCUUGAAGUACAAAAACUGCCGGAAAUUCUGGAAUUCUGUCAUGCUCAAGAGAAGACAGAAUGGAGUGAAGCCACCUAUGCCUACAGCAGUAGAAAGAGACGAAAUCUUGGGAGCAAUGGGAAAGAUGCCCUAUUGAAUGUUUGCAUUAAAAUUGUUUAUUUAAAAGCAGAUGAAUAUUUUCAAUUAAUGAUUAUGAUAAUCUUCUAGGACCUUAUAGGCCUUACCCAGCCAGAUCUUAAAUUCUUAAAUUAAGUUAAGCCCGUGUCCUUUGUGUUAGCUCUCCGUGCCAGGAUGAUAAUGUGCCACUGCUGACUGUGCUGUGUCACUGAGUUUACAUUACUUCCUUCCUGGAAUCAGGGGAGUGUUAGGAAAGGCUGCAUGAGGAGUUGCGCGUUUCCUCUGGGUCUCGAAAGAAAAGUAAGAUGUGAACAAGUAAAGACGUAAUGGGGAUGAAAGGAAGGCAGUGUUUCAUGUGAGCAAUGACAUGAUGGGAGGAAAGCAUGAGCCAAAUUCAGGGGCCUGUCUGUAGACCGUUCCACCUAGAGUUUAAGGUGGGUAGGAGUGCCGGGCGAGAAGACUGGGGAGGUAAGUUCAGAGUGCAUGUUCUGGUGGGCCUCAAAUCUGAUGCUCAUUACUAACAUCUCUGUCCUUACUUAACUCACUUUUUAAAUUAGGUUAGUACAUUCACCGUGCAGGAAGCAGGAGUGCGGGAAGGCUGUCUUCAAUAAAUAGCAUGCAAGAGAACUGGUAUUCUUUAUUUUCUUUCUUUAAAGAAAGGCCUGGUUAAAGUAUUCUGUGACUAAAAUUCAUAAAUAUUGAUUAACUUUCUGAAGGCAUGCCGUGUUUCCCCGAAAAUAAGACCAGGUCUUAUAUAUAGUUUUGCUCCAAAAGACGCAGUAGGGCUUAUGUUAAGGGGAUGUCAUCCUGAAAAAUUAUGCUAGGGCUUAUUUUCCAGUUAGGUCUUAUUUUUUGGGGAAACAUAGUAGUAGUAUGCCUUGAACCAUGGUAAUGGGGGAAAAAGUGAGUGUCUUAGAAGUAGGAUUUCUAUUUUCAGGAUGAGAUGGGCAGGAAAGGGUAUGAGGUUCAUCAGGUGUUUGCAACACUGGGAUGAAAGUAGAGUUCAACUUCAUUGUGAUAAAAAAACAAGAAUGGUAUGGUGACCAGGGUGGAUUGUGUAGCAGCUCUCAUACCCACUGGUUUCUAAAAUCCAGUUUGUUUCAUUUACAGAAUAGUUUUAUAAAAGACAUUUAAUAAAAGUUAACGUGUACUAGACAAUCAAUGAAAACAAUAGAUGUGUCCUUUUUCUUCAUCUGGUCCAGGAUCAAGAGUAUAAUUUUAAUGGCUGCUAACAACAUUGGUCUUAUACCGAAACACAGCUCAGAUGUUUUUAAGUCAUAGGACCUUGAUUGUUAAAUGUGAUUCUAAUUGAAUAAAAUGUGAUUUUAUUUUGAAUAAAAUUUUAUUCAAAUU